AAUGGCGAUUUUAUUGUAAAAAUUAAUUGCCUAGAUUUCCCAAUAAUUUUUAUUUUAAAAUAAUAUUCUACGGGAACUGUAUAUUUGUAUAAAAUCCUAUUUUACUUACAUACUACAUUUAUUUUAAAAUUAUAUUGGACUAGAUGCCUGAUAUGACUAAUAUGUUUUUACUAAUUGUUUUAUUAAUUUGUAUCGCAAACAAUCUACACGUAACAAAUGGCCAAGGUAAUACUAAAAAGGAUUGCCAAGCUGGUGCAAAUGCUGAUUCGUGUUUGAUGAAAUUACUCAUGAUUGGCGACCCUGAUUAUAAGUUCCCGGAAAAUAUGGCCAGCAUGGACAAACAGUGCAGGACUUAUAAAAAUCAAGAAAAGUGUAUUAAAGAUUAUGCGGCUAAAUGUUUGGCAACGUUUCCCAAACAAGUGACUAAUGUCCUGGCUUACGGUGCUUCAAAAACAAAUAAGGCCUACUGUUCCACUAAGCGCCGUAAGGACUCGUUUAUAGCCAUAGGAAAGUGUGGUAACAAAUUGAAAUUCCUGGUCGAUAAGUGCAUGCGCCAAUUCAUCGAUAGCCUACAGGGCAUUGAAAAUUACCAGGAUGCUAAAAUGAAAAUACCUAUAUCAUGCUGCAACUACUACAAACUCAAGGAGUGUAUACUGGGUCACAUUGAACGCCAGGGGCCGCCACUGUGCACUGAAACCACAUCACGAGAGGUGGAAAGCCUAGUGGACGGGUACGCCAAC